AUGAAGACAAAGAUCGGGGCUGGAUGGGCCGGUCUCGGAAAGGAUGCGGCUAUGAGACCCCCGUCUGGUGAUAAAGAAGCUUUACUGCCUAUCUCGAAACUGGCGAAGGUGAUUAAAAGAAAAAGGGCCUCGGACUCCGAGGGUCAAAAACCCAAGAAAAGAGCGGCCCGUAAACCCAAGGGAAACAAAAUCCCACUGACUAUGGAGUCGGUCCAAAGACUAAGGGAUGAAAAAGAAGAAGAAGAAGAAGAAGAAGGUCUGGUGGCCCGUGCACGAGCUAACACUGAUAUUCAGAAGACUUCGGAACUGGUGGGAGUCGAUACUUCUCCGUCUAGGCUCAACGAGGUCGAAGAGGAGACUCUGGCCCAAGUUCCCGAGCCGAGGGGAACCGAAGAUACUUUACCUCGGGGUGAAGAGAGCAUUGAAGAGGCGAUGGAUGCCGAUACAGAAACUGGGCUUGAAGCUCGUCGAGAGGGAGGCAGUACCCUAAAAAACCUACUUGGGGUAAUAGAGAUCGGGGAUUCCCCCUCGUUUCCUUCAUUUUCCCAGUGGAUGAUACGUGAUGCUCAAGACGUGGAGACUUGUCACGGGGAGGGGGCCCACGAAGAGGAAGAUCCUUUCCGUGGUUGUUUUGUCGGGGUAGAAGAUGUCACCGGUUUGAGUGACUUGGUGGCUCCGAAGAAGAGCUCGGGCGAGGCGGGAGUUUCUUGUCUUUUCAACGAAACUCAACAGGCCCUGAAUCGGGCCUUUGUGCUUCAUCACGAGGUGUUUCUCCGAUCCCGAGAGGAGAUGAGCCGGUACGAAGCCGAAAUCCGAGCGCUUACUGAGGAGAGAGAUGCCUUCAAGCUUCUCAGUGAGCAGAGAGAAGUAGAAGUAGAAGAACUUCGGGCUGAGCUAGAAGUAGCUCAGAGAGAACAAGCCGAUUUGUCCGAGCAGCUUCGUGUUGAAGUGGACGCGGUGAAAGCGGAGGUCGAGGAGUGGAAAAAGAACAUGGACCGCCUUGCCUCAGAAAAGGUGGCUGCCCGGGCUCAACUAGCCUCGGCUGAGACCCAACUCCGAGUCUUGAAAGAGAAAGCCUUGGUGCAAGCCAAGAAAAUCGAAGAGUUCCAAUCUCGGUUGGGCUCAGAAACUUCUGAUCAAGAGAGACUGUCCACAGAACUUGCAGAGGCCAAAUCGGAGGUCGAAAUAGACACGGUUAAUGCUGAUGCAAUGGUGGUAGUCUACCGGUACGAUGAUGAAGAUGCUCAGGUUCGAGCAAAGGAGGUUGUCGAGGCUGCUCAGGCUCAAGCAAACUGGGUUGCUGAGUAUGCUAAAUGUCAUUCUCGGAGGGAGACUCUUGAGGAGAUCCAUGCUCGUGGCUUCGAUCUUAUAGCCGAGAUCGAGAAUGCUAAGAAGCUUGAAGCCGAAGCCAGAGUGUUGGCCUUUUCUGAUGAUGAUAAUACCGGGAGUAUGAGCGGAUCUGAAGGCGAAGGAGGCCUUGAGGGAAAAUAUACUGCUCCCAGAGAGGACUAA